AUGGCGAAUGGAAACAUCACAGAAUUCGUCUUUCUGGGGCUUUUUCCUGGUGAGAAUGGGAAAGCUGUGGGAUGUGUGCUGUUCUCACUUUGCUAUUUCGCAGUUCUCUCUGGAAACCUACUCAUUCUCCUCACCAUCAGGGGCAGUCACCUGGGGGAGCAGCCCAUGUACCUGUUCCUCAGCUACCUGUCCAUCAUGGAUGUCUGCUUCACCUCCACAGUUGCUCCCAAGCUGAUCGUAGACCAGUUGUUUAAGUGGAACACCAUCUCCUACAAUGGCUGCAUGGCCCAGAUGUUUUAUGCACACUUCUUUGGUGCCACUGAGAUCUUCAUCUUGGUGGUCAUGGCUUAUGACCGCUACGUAGCCAUCUGCAAACCGCUUCGCUAUACAGUCAUCAUGAACAGAAAGGUGUGCUCUGCCCUGGUGAUGGCCUCUGUUGCUGGAGCUUUUUUCCAUUCUCUCUUACAUGUAGUGAUCAUUGUCAGGCUUCCCUUCUGUGGCCCCAACCAGAUAGAUCACUAUUUCUGUGAUGUAUUCCCCUUGCUAAAGCUGGCCUGUACUGACACCAGUCUCUUGGUUAUCAUAAUCAUCACCACCACUGGGGUGCUGUCUAUUUUGACCUUUGUUGCUCUGGUAAUUUCUUACAUCAUCAUCCUGAGCACCCUGAGGUCCCACUCAUCCAAGGGCCGCCGCAAAGCCCUCUCCACCUGCAGCUCUCACAUCACUGUUGUGUUCAUGUUCUUCUUACCCCUCAUUUUCACCUAUGUCCCCAUGGCUGAUUCUGUGAGUGAGGACAAGUUGUUUGCUCUGUUUUACACUAUGAUCGCACCCUUAUUCAACCCUCUCAUCUACACAUUAAGAAACACAGAUAUGAAGAAUGCUAUGAGGAAAGUGUGGUGCCAAGACAAACUGUUGGAUGGAAAUUAA